UAUAUACAGCUCUCUUCUACUAAUCUGCAGCAGCAAAAAUAAAAAACUCCUCUCCAGAAACAUAUAAUAUACUCUCCAUCCUCUAACAUGGCUCAAUUUCUUUUCUCUUCUAUUGUUUUACUCUUUUCUUUAUCGGCCUUAAGGCUUGAAGCUAGGGCUCGUGAUGAUCAGGCUCAAUUCUUGAGUCUCAUGAAGAAGUCUCUUUCGGGGAAUUUGUUGGCAGGUUGGGACUUAAAUGGAUCAAAACCAGUCUGCAACUUCACAGGCGUCGAAUGCAAUAGUCUAGGUUCUGUCGUAAAGAUUGAUGUCUCAGGGUGGUCUCUGUCAGGACGUUUUCCAGAAGAUGUGUGCACUUAUUUCCCUGAAUUGCGUGUUCUUCGUCUUGGACACAACCACCUACAUGGCAAAUUUCCUGACAGCAUCACCAGAUGCUCAUUCCUCGAAGAGCUUAACAUGACCUCCAUGAAUCUCACUGGACCGCUACCAGACCUUUCGCCCCUGACAUCAUUGAAGCUGCUUGACUUGUCAUACAAUUAUUUUACGGGUGAAUUUCCCUUGUCUGUCACCAACCUCACCAAUCUUGAGUUACUGAAUUUCAAUGAAAAUGGAGGUUUUAGCUUUUGGCAAUUGCCUGAGAACUUCUCCAAGCUGACGAAACUUAAGUACAUGAUACUGUCAACAUGCAAUAUUCAAGGUCGAAUUCCAGAGUCUAUAGGGAACAUGACAGCACUUGUUGAUCUCGAAUUAAGUGGGAAUUUUUUUACAGGUAAGAUUCCAGCACAAAUUGGUUUGCUCAAGAACUUGCGUAUGUUGGAGCUUUACUACAAUCAACUUGUUGGUGAAAUCCCUGAGGAGCUUGGAAAUCUUACUGAGCUCGUAGAUUUUGAUCUUUCUGUCAAUUUUCUGACCGGAGAAGUGCCUAGAUCUAUAUGUAGCCUUCCAAAGCUUGAGGUUUUGCAACUCUACAACAACAGCCUCACAGGAAGCAUUCCUGAAGUGAUUGCCAAUUCGACAACCUUGAGAAUAUUAUCUCUUUAUGACAAUUCCCUGACAGGGCAGGUUCCGAAAGAUCUAGGGAAAUGGUCACCUAUGAAUGCUAUUGAUUUGUCAGAAAAUCGGUUAUCUGGGGAACUGCCAGCUGAUAUAUGCAACGGAGGGAAGCUGUUAUACUUUUGUGCCCUGGAUAACAUGUUUUCAGGAGGCCUUCCAGAAACUUAUGGAAGCUGCCUAUCUCUUCUGCGACUACGUAUCAGUCGAAACUACCUGCAGGGCUCCAUACCAGAAGGGAUAUUAGGCCUUCCUCGGGUGUCAAUCAUUGAUUUGGGUUACAAUAAUUUGACUGGUUCACUAGCUAAAACAAUUGGAAAUGCUAAGAACUUGUCUGAAUUGCUCCUACAGAGAAACAUGAUAUUUGGUAUUCUCCCUCCUGAAAUCUCUCAUGCUAUCAAUCUUGUUAAGAUUGAUCUCAGCAAUAACCUUUUAUCUGGUCCAGUGCCUUCUGAAAUUGGCAACCUAAGAAGGCUAAAUUCUUUGGUUUUGCAAAAAAACAAGCUCAGUUCUUCGAUACCAGAUACCCUAUCAUCAUUAAAAUCUCUUAAUCUUCUUGACCUUUCCAGCAAUCUCUUAAAGGGUAAUAUUCCCGAAAGUCUCUGUGAUUUGCUUCCAAACUCUAUGAACUUUUCAAAUAAUCUGCUUUCUGGCUCCAUUCCCAAGCCAUUUAUAGAUGGAGGAAUGCUGGAAAGCUUUUCAAGCAAUCCAUCUCUCUGUGUUCCUAAAUAUCUCAGUUCAUCAGAUACAAACUUCCCCUCGUGUCCCCAAACGUACCGUAAAAAGGUCAAUGGCACCUGGUUGAUUGGGAUUUCGGUGGGAAUUGUGAUCAUUGGAGCUCUCUUAUUCCUGAAGCGCUGGUUGAGUAAAGAAAGAGCAGUGGUAAAACACCAAGACACCUUUUCUUCAUCAUACGAUGUCAAAAGCUUUCAUCGAAUAAGCUUUGAUCACUUUGAAAUCAUAGAGGCAUUGGUUGAUAAAAACAUAAUUGAUCAUGGUGGAUCUGGUGUAGUGUAUAAAAUUGAGUUGAGCAGUGGAGAUAUUAUAGCCAUCAAGAGGCUCUGGCGUCAAGCAAUGAAAGAUCCUUCUUCGGAUGAUCAAGUAGUCAUCAACAAGGAGCUUAGAACAGAAGUUGAAACACUAGGCAACAUAAGGCACAAAAACAUCAUCAAGUUGUACUGCUAUUUCUCAAGUUUGGAUUCAAACCUGCUGGUUUAUGAGUACAUGCCUAAAGGAAACCUAUGGGAUUCACUUCACAGAGGAAACAUCCUGUUGGAUUGGCCUACUCGCCAUCAUAUUGCACUGGACGUCGCACAGGGCUUGGCCUACUUACACCAUGACUUACUCCCCCCUAUAAUUCACAGGGACAUCAAAUCAACCAACAUCUUACUUGAUGUCAACAACCAUGCCAAGGUUGCAGACUUUGGCAUUGCCAAAGUUUUACGCGCACAAGGAGGGAAAGACUCCACAACAACUGUAAUUGCAGGGACUUAUGGCUAUUUGGCCCCAGAAUAUGCAUACUCUUCUAAAGCAACCACCAAGUGUGAUGUCUACAGUUUCGGUGUGGUCCUAAUGGAACUGAUCACCGGGAAGAAGCCUGUGGAGGCAGAGUUCGGAGAUAGCAAGAACAUUAUAAAUUGGGUGUCCAGCAAGGUUGAGACUAAAGAAGGGGUGAUGGAGGUUCUAGAUAAACAAAUAUCAGCCUCAUUCAAGGAUGAAAUUAUUAAGGUUCUUCGGAUUGCUGUUCGUUGUACAAGCAAGUCACCAGCCCUUCGUCCGACUAUGGUUGAGGUUGUCCGGUUACUACUCGAGGCAGAUCCAUGCAGACUCAAAUCUUGCAAGUCAUUGAAUAAACCCAAGGAUACAGAAAAUGUAACAAAGCCGCCAAAGAUCACAUGAAUUUUGAUGGAUUCCUGGUAAAGUAGCAUAGUAUCAGCAUACUCUGGUAAGAAUUGAGGUUUUUACUCACUUUGUUCUACCUCAGAAAGGUAAAUUAUAAAUAGAAUCUGUCCCAUAGGCCAUAUCAACUUUA